AGAACACUAAGAUGGAAAUGAUAGCGAUAAAUUUAGAAAAAAAUGAAUUGUGAUUCAGAAGCCAUUGCAUCCUAUUGUACUUAAACUAGAAUAUAAAAGUGGAAAAUAUGUCUGAUUUCAGAUACCUAAGAAAAAUUAUGAUUUAUGGUUUGCAUCUUAGGUGUUCCCCUAAAGCAUGAGUUGAAGGCUUUGGUCUCUAGCUGAUGAUGCUGUUGGGAAGCUUUGGGAGCUUUAGGAGGUGACAGUGUGCCUUUGGAGGGUGUGUUUUGACCCUCUGUCUUUGUACUUCCUGGCUGCCAUGUGAGCAGUCCUGUCCUUCCCUACACUCCUCCGAUGAUUCUGUACAUCCAAAGUAAUGGUGCCAAAUGACCCUGGACUGAGACUGAUACCACAAGCAAAUCUGUCCUUCCUCCUUUUUUUGGUUUAUCAUUGUUAUUCUUUGUCAGUGGAAGCUGAUGGAUGCUCAGUGGUUACAAAGCUUUUUCUCUCUUUUUGUUUUGGGUGUUUUGAAACAGGGUUUCAUGUAGUCCCGACUGACUUCAAACUUACCAUGUAGCUGAACAUAGCCCUGAAUUCUUGAUCCUUCCGUCUCUAUCUUCUAGGUGCUGGGAUUCCAGGGGGGCUUCCAGUCAAGUUGAGGUGACGAGAUAAAAAGCUGAGGCACUCGUAAUAAUGAUGAUAAUGUGUUUGGAUUGCCUUGAGUCCAGACACAGCUCUCAGGACUUGAGAGACUUUGGGAAAGUAACAAACAAAAUACUGUUUCUGAAAGAAGGUUUUGGGUAACAAGUUCUGGAUAACAGGGCAAACCAAUUCCAUCACCAUGAGUUGGAGCUUCCUGACUCGCCUGCUAGAGGAGAUCCACAACCAUUCCACGUUUGUAGGGAAGAUCUGGCUCACCGUGCUGAUUGUCUUCCGAAUUGUCCUGACUGCUGUAGGAGGAGAGUCCAUCUACUAUGACGAGCAAAGCAAAUUUGUGUGCAACACAGAGCAGCCGGGCUGUGAGAACGUCUGCUAUGAUGCCUUUGCACCGCUCUCCCACGUGCGGUUCUGGGUGUUCCAGAUCAUCCUGGUUGCAACUCCCUCUGUGAUGUACCUGGGAUAUGCGAUUCAUAAGAUUGCCAAAAUGGAGCAUGGUGAGGCAGACAAGAAGGCAGCUCGGAGCAAACCCUAUGCCAUGCGUUGGAAACAGCACCGGGCUCUGGAAGAAACGGAAGAGGACCAUGAAGAGGAUCCUAUGAUGUAUCCAGAAAUGGAGCUAGAAAGUGAAAAAGAAAAUAAAGAGCAGAGCCAACCAAAACCGAAGCAUGAUGGCCGGAGACGAAUUCGGGAGGAUGGGCUCAUGAAAAUCUACGUGUUGCAGCUACUGGCCAGGACUGUGUUUGAAGUGGGCUUUCUAAUAGGACAGUAUUUCCUGUAUGGUUUUCAAGUCCAUCCAUUUUAUGUGUGCAGCAGGCUUCCUUGUCCUCAUAAAAUAGACUGCUUUAUUUCUAGACCCACUGAAAAGACCAUCUUCCUUCUGAUAAUGUAUGGUGUUACAGGCCUCUGCCUAUUGCUUAACAUUUGGGAGAUGCUCCAUUUAGGGUUUGGGACCAUUCGAGACUCACUGAACAGUAAAAGGAGGGAGCUUGAUGAUCCGGGUGCUUAUAAUUAUCCUUUCACUUGGAAUACGCCAUCUGCUCCCCCUGGCUAUAACAUUGCUGUCAAACCAGAUCAAAUCCAGUACACCGAGUUGUCCAACGCUAAGAUUGCCUACAAGCAAAACAAAGCCAAUAUCGCCCAGGAGCAGCAGUACGGCAGCCACGAGGAGCAGCUCCCGGCUGAUCUGGAGACUCUGCAGCGGGAGAUCAGGACGGCUCAGGAACGCCUGGACCUAGCCAUCCAGGCCUACCAUCACCAAAACAACCCCCAUGGUCCUCGGGAAAAGAAGGCCAAAGUGGGGUCCAAAUCUGGCUCCAACAAAAGCAGUGUUAGUAGCAAAUCAGGGGAUGGGAAGACCUCCGUCUGGAUUUAAUCUUGGUUGGGCUUAAAACUUGGGUUUUCAUAGUUUAUGGUAAGCAGCGGCUCGCUGAAUAAUGACUUCCAUUGAGUAAACAUUUGGCUCUGGUUAUCUUCAGGGAUGCUGUUGGCUCAUGAUCCAAACUCAGGGGACUCUGAAGGUGGAGCUGGGAUGAGUGGGGAAAGGGAAACACAGUGUUCCCAGGCACAUGUUCUCAGCAAUAAUACAGUUGCAGAACUUUACAUUGUGUCUUCCAGAUCCAGAGAAGAACAGAUAUAUUUAAAUCAUUCUGUUGAACAGUUUUUGUAUGUACAGUAUUAUGGUACAUUUUUUUAGUAUGAUAACUUUUUUUUGUAUUUGUACAUUGGACUGCUGUAGUUAUACUUUUUUAUAUUAAAGGAAAAAUCCUUGUAAAUAAUGCCUGUUAAAAGCUAGUGUUAUUACUUUGUUUAGCAAAUGUUACCUUGUGAUUAGAAUUGUAGUAGAUGCUAUACUUAAUAAAAAGUGCCUCUCGUGUUUUGGGAAA